AUGCACGCUAGGCGGAGAGGUCCAAACUUCACCUACGUCAGUGGAUGUGUAAAAUACAUGAUUUUUGUAUUAAACUUUAUAUUCUGGCUGUUUGGUGGGUUGCUUGUUGCAAUUGGCCUCUAUGCAUUUAUAGACAAGUGGCAGGCGACGGGACUUAUUAAGCUUGAUACAUUGUAUGAUGUGAUCCUCAAUAUAAGUCUGCUGAUAGCAUUGCUUGGUGGAGUGGUGUUUAUAGUUAGUUUUGCUGGCUGCAUCGGAGCCCUACGGGAGAAUACCUGUUUAUUGAAAUUUUACUCGCUAUGCCUCCUGAUACUAUUCCUGGUGGAAAUGGGGGGAGCGGUGUGUGGCUUCGUCUUCCCGAGAUCGCUGCACGGCUUCCUCGAGUUGAGUUUCACGGAGAGGGUCGUCCACUCGUACAGAGAUGACCCGGAUCUACAGAACUUCAUUGAUUUUGCACAGAGCGAUUUCCAUUGCUGUGGCCUAACUUCAGACGGUUAUAUGGACUGGUCCAAGAACGAAUACUUCAACUGCACUUCGCCAUCUGUAGAGCGGUGUGGGGUUCCGUUCUCAUGCUGCAUCAACCCGACAGAUAUCAGUUCGGGGCUUGUCAAUAUUAUGUGUGGAUAUGGAGUCCAGAACUAUCCUGUCGCUGAAGCCAGCAAGCGCGUCUGGACCAGCGGUUGUAUAGAAAUCGUGCGCUCAUGGGCGGAGAGGAACCUCUACACGAUAGCGUCUAUCGCGCUGGGCGUGGCCCUGUCACAGCUGUUCGUCAUUUACCUGGCCAAGACCCUGGAGGGACAGAUUGAGCUGCAAAAAGCCAGAUGGCAAACAUGA